AUGGCAAAUGCAGAUUUGGGAAAUCAAACAUCCAUCACAGAAUUCAUCCUCCUGGGAUUUGGGAACCUCCAGGAACUGCACUUUCUUCUCUUACUGCUGUUUCUAGUGAUCUACAUUGCGACCAUGGGGGGGAACGUCCUCAUCGUUGUGUUAGUUGUGGCUGAUCAGCACCUUCACACACCCAUGUACUUCUUCCUGGGGAACUUGUCCUGCUUGGAGACCUGCUACACCUCCACUAUCCUGCCCAGGGUGCUGGCCAGUCUCCUGACUGGAGACAGAACCAUUUCUGUUAGUGGUUGCAUCACACAAUUUUAUUUCUUUGGUUCUCUGGCAGCUACAGAAAGCUAUCUCCUUGCCAUAAUGUCUUAUGACCGGUAUUUAGCAAUUUGUAACCCCCUGCAUUAUGCAGCCCUUAUGAACAGCAAAUUUUGCCUUCAGCUAAUGGCUAGUUCUUGGAUAAGUGCUUUCUUGGCCAAUUGCUUAGUGAUAUUUUUGGCAUCACAAUUAACUUUUUGCAACUCCAAUGAAAUUCCCCAUUUCUUUUGUGACUUCUCCCCAAUUGUAAAACUCUCCUGCAGUGACACCACCCUCAUUGAACUUCUGACUUUCAUCAUGGCCUUUAUAUUCACAGUGACACCAUUUCUGUUAACCCUGUCAUCCUACGUUUGCAUCAUCACCACCAUCCUGAAAAUCCCAUCCACCAGGGGGAGGCAAAAGGCAUUUUCCACCUGCUCCUCUCACCUCAUUGUGGUGACCAUUUUCUAUGGAACCAUCAUGAUUGUCUACAUGCUCCCAGACACCAAUACACUGCGAGACCUGAACAAAGUGUUCUCUGUCUUCUACACAGUUCUGACUCCUCUGGUCAACCCCCUCAUCUACAGUCUGAGAAACAAAGAAGUACACAAAGCCCUGAGGAGAAAGACUCUCUUUAAGUUUGAUUACCCUAGACCUCGGAGUCGGAGGUGGACUCCUAUCACUCCAGCAGGUCCAGGAGCAGGAGGUCCAGAUCGCGCCGGAGUCAUCAGCCAUCGUGGCCACAGCAGAGGCAGCCAUCAUCCCAAUGGCCCUUUUGGACACCUUGGGCGUACCACCAGAGCCAGGGUCAGGUCCAAGGUCCCGGUUGGCAUCGCUGUCUUCGGCAUCCUUUGUUCCACUGCCUACCGAAGUGCCAGGCCAACUGUUAUAGACAACUGCUCCAGCACCGACCUUUCCAUCAACGGCACCGCCGACGGCUGCAGCUCUGACUCCACUGGCAUUGACGAGGUCAGCACUGCCGGAUCUAGCGGCUCCCACAUAGACCGUGGCAUGGAGGCUCCCACCUCCAGUGGUCUCAGCACCGCAUCCCAUCGAAUACCACGUGCCGAGAGACCCAAGGGGUACUGA